AUUACCUUUUUUCCCUCUCUUUUUUCUCUCGUUUUCUUUUUUCGUUUCUUUCUAUUCUGUGUUGCUGUUGCUCAUUUUAUUUGAAAAAGAAACUGAAAAUCGAUAGCAAUGACGACGCCAACUCGACAUGCAAUCGAGAGUUUCAAGAGCAUAACUGGAGAAUCGGAGUCGGUUGCUUUACGGAAAUUAGAGGAGUAUGGUGGCAACUUAAAUGCGGCUGUCAGCGCACAUUUUCUUGAACUGGAAAGAAGCAUCACGAACCCGGUAUCUUCUGCUUCUUCUCAGAAUAAUUUUGUUGAUACGAACAAUCAAAGUGGACUUGGAACAGGUGGAAUUGUUCCACUCAUCUCUGCUGUUAGAAGAUUUAGGCCUUCAUUAUUGCUUGACCCCAAUUACAGGAGAAAUUUGUUAAACCAGAUCGGCACUCCUAAUUUCAAUCAUUAUACAACAUCUCCUCAUAUGGGAGAGGUGACCGGGGUCCCUGUAGGGUUUAACGGUCGAAAUGAGCAUCCUCUGAAUUCAGGAGUCAGACCUGUCAUCACGGAUUCACCAGGAACACCAUCAUACUAUGGAGAGGGGACUUACAACAAUUUCUCAAGAGAUGAUCAUCAACAUCCCAAUGAUAUAGAAUCUGAAAUGAUGCAAGCUGCAAUUGAGGCUUCUAAGCGGGAUUUUGAACAGACAUAUAUGAAUGAGCAACGUGGUUCUUUCUAUGGUUCAUCUAGUGUUGGGCUUCAACAACAGCAAGAAGAUGAAGAGCUUGCUCGUGCAAUUUCAUUGUCUUUGAAGACAGCAGAUGAAGAGAAAGCAAUGCGUAUGCCGAAGGAUCAUUACGAACAAAUGGGAACUUAUGAUUCAAAUGAUAAAACUAUGGAAACGACUAAUAACAGCUCGAAGAUAGGAAACUCUUCACUUAGACAACUACCAGUGACUCAUGAAUCUGUCCAUGAUACUCAAAAUCAUCUUCUGAGUAAAGAUUCCUUGAAUUCUAAUGAGUGGGUUGAUAUUUCACAGAAAGAGCUUGAUGAAGCAAUUAUGCUGGAGACCCAACUUUUUAGCCAGAUUCCUGAAGGCAGUUCGUAUAUCCUUUCUCAUGAGCAAGGUGGUCCAGGUAGAAGCAUUAAUCCUGGUCUAGAGGCUGUAUCUGGUCCACAACCAUCCUCUAUAAUGGACCAAUGUUUACUGCGGCAACAGCAGGAUGAGGAGUAUCUGAUAUCUCUAUUAGCUGACAAAGAAAAGGAGAUGAAUGCUCUUAAGAAAGCUGAAAGUCAUAGUUUGAAAGAAGAAUCUCUCAGAAGGAAACAUGAAGGAGAGGAAGUCAACAAGGUAAUGUCAGCAAAAAGUACUUCACUCCCACCAGAGCCAGCAAUAGAUGAUGACAAUGCAAUAACUAUACUUGUUAGGAUGCCAGAUGGCACCCGCCAUGGACGUCGCUUUCGCAAGUCAGACAAGCUCCAGCUUCUUUUUGACUUCAUAGAUGUUGGGGAAGUGGUGAAGCCAGAGACUUACAGAGUGGUAAGGCCAUAUCCUCGCCGUGCUUUUGAUGCCGCUGACUGCUCUUUAAGUUUCAACCAACUUGGUCUGACAGGCAAACAGGAAGCAUUGUUUCUGGAAUUCAUAUAGCAUCGACUGUUUUGCCUUAUUUUCAUGAGCUUUUGUAGUUUUUGGCCAGGUACCAUAACCCCUGCUGACUUUAUUUCCUUUUAGGUUUGAGUUUUUACAAAUGAUAUUAGACCUUAGUCUUUGAAUGUGCUGAGAUCAUAAAAAUGAAGAGAAAUCAAGAAAAUGAUUUAGGUA